AUGGCCUCCAAGAUGCUCACCUCCCGAAUUGCCACCAUGGCUACCUCCAGCGUCGCUCGCUCGACCGUCCGCAGCCAAUUUGCUGCUGUGCCCAAGCGCACCUUCACCAGCGCUCUCCGUCCUCAAGGCUCUGCUUUCCAGACCCCCAAGCGCACCAUCCAGGCCACCGUUGCCCGCCAAGCUUUCCAGGCUCAGGCUCGCCGCAACUACUCCUCUGAGAUCGCCAACGCCCUCGUUGAGGUCUCCUCCAACGUCGGUAUGGGUACAGCUGCUAUCGGUCUCGGUGGUGCCGCCAUCGGUAUCGGUAUGGUCUUCGCUGCUCUCAUCCAGGGUGUUGCCCGCAACCCCUCCCUCCGUGGUCAGCUUUUCUCCAACGCCAUUCUUGGUUUCGCUUUCGUCGAAGCUAUGGGUCUUUUCGACCUGAUGGUUGCUAUGAUGGCCAAGUUCCUGUAA